ACUGUAAACGAAUUUAUCUUCAACGCGAUAUGAAUAUUAUUAUCAGCAUUAAUAACUAUUUGUAUGUAUGGAGUAAACAUCGUUGGAAAUGCCAGUAAAAAUCAGAGGAUACGAUGUUGUAAAAAGUAUUCUUUUUAAUCUUCUCUUCUAUCUCGAUAAAUUGAAAAAUACAAUACACGCACAACUGCAUUACGUGAUCAGUUACUAAGUAUUUACAUACGUCACUGGAGUCCAAGUGUUAUUGCGGCAAAAUAAUUAUAACUUAGUUUUCAGAAAAGCAAGAUUUUCCUUUUUUUUUUUGCUGUUUUCCUCCUAUUAUUGGAUUUAAAACAAAUUCACAAGAAAAUAAAAUAAAGCUCUUACAAUUACCCAUAUUAAAAGUACGGUGUUAUUACUUUUACCCUAACGUUUACAUGGAGCUUACGUCGAAACUUUAUGAGCUCGAUGACUGGUAAAAUGAGAGCCAAUUUACUCCCGUGUAGAAUCAAUUGGCAAAUAGUUCUGUGUGCAUUUGUUAGAUUAAAGUGUAUACACGUUGGCACUGCGUGUAGUCAGUAAAGAAUUCUCCGUCUUUCUCUUUCUCUCUCUUUCUUAUCUUUUAUUUUCUUUCCAGUACGAUCUUUGCUUUGCCUUCCUGUAGCGAUGACGAUUGAGCGACCCUUGAUCUGCCCUCUAAAUAGAUAACCCUACUCUCUAAGAAGUUAUGCACACAUCCCUAUUCUCGUUUCUUUUUUCAUUUUUCCUUCCUCUUUUCACUAUCAUACUUAUUUGCUAUCUCUUUCUCUCUCUCUUUUUCUUUCUCCUGUUUUUAAAUUAUCAUUUAGAAGAAAACAGUGUUUGUGUACACUUCAUUUAAACUGAAUUUUAUACCAAGCGAUUUUAUAGUGAGUGCGUGAUCAUUAGUGUGCAGUACGUUGUGCUUUUUAAAUGUUUUAGGAAUGACGUCCUGGAUUAAUUGUUUUUACGUUGCACUUUGUCUAAUGUUCUUUGGAACCUUCACUUUAGCGAUAUACGAUCCGAAGGAAACGACAACAAAAGCUCCUAAUCGUCUUGAAUCAUUUUUGCCUUGGUAUCUCAACGAAAAGGAUUUACAACCUCCCGAUGACUUAGCUCGAUCUGCUAAGUGGUGGACCAAUGCGGAAGAGAAUGAACCAAGAAAACCUGUCAUCGUUAAUUCGGAUAGCACAUCUUGGACACCAUGGCGUAAAACUUCUGGUAGUGAGAUCGAGUUAAGAACAGAGAUAAGGAAUGAUCAGAUUUCCAAACAACAUCACGAUCAUGAUCAAUUUGAUCAAAUCGACGAUCAUCCGGAUGAUCAUCCGGAGCAUCCUCCAGAAGGUCAAUACGAAUAUGGUUCUACUUCUACAGAUAAGAAUGUUUAUCAAGAUCGCAAUAAUCCCGAAACUUCUGGCAAUAAAUUAAAGCACAAAUUAUCUGAGGAUAGUGAUUCAACUUUGUUAUAUGAAGGGAUUGGAAGUGAGAGCACGAAACCGAGACAAGAAAGAAUAUUAUUUUGGAAUAAUCCCAUAUCGACGGUAGCGCAUUAUGAUUUUCGAUCGGGAGUACAAUGUCCAAAUUUAGAUUCUACUGGUCAGUUUAUUUAUCCUCCCGAUUGUAAAUUCUUUGUUAACUGUUGGAAAGGCAGAGCGUUCGUUCAACCCUGUGCUCCAGGUACUUUAUUUAAUCCUGAGACAUUGGAAUGUGAUUUUCCGUACAAAGUUACAUGUUACGGCUCAGAGAUUUCUGACCCUAUACGUUACUCAAAAGCAUACAAUCUGAAGAUCGAUGAGGGACAAGAGGAAUCACAUAAACCAAAAUGUCCACCUCACGUGGCAGGUCUAAUCCCACACCCUACAGAUUGUACCAAGUUUUUAAAUUGUGCCAAUGGAAUGGCAUUCGAAAUGGAUUGUGGUCCUGGUACGGUUUUCAAUCCCGCCCUUAGCGUCUGUGAUUGGCCUUACAAUGUAAGAGGCUGCGAAGAUACGUUUAAAUCAAAAGAGCAUACCACAAAGAUUUUUGAAGUACCACCGGACCCAAAUUUUCAUAAUCAUAAUGUUCAUGAUAAUUCGAAUAAUAAUUUUGCCAAUCAAUUGAAACAUAACACACAAUCAUCCGAAAAAAAGAUCGAGUGCCCUGAUGAUUUUACUGGUCUAUUACCUCAUCCAGAAAAUUGUAGAAAAUUUUUGCAGUGUGCGAAUGGUAUUACGUAUGUGAUGGAUUGUGGGCCAGGAACAGCUUUUAAUCCUCUCAUAUCGGUGUGUGAUUGGCCACAUAAGGUACCAGCUUGUAAAGAAGAGAAAAAAUUCAAACAAGUUACGACAACGAGCAGACCUUGGCCGCCAUACAGCAGAGGAGAUCCAGAGUCAUCGCACGAACAUCCUCGAUAUAAUCAUACUUAUAAUCGAUAUAAUAAUCAUGGCCAAGGUUUUAGGAAUAAUCAAAUUCAGCCUAUAACUACGACUGAAUUGCCAAGGACAGUGUGGAGACCUACUUGGAGACCGAUGAUUCAGAAACCAAUGAAUAAUCUACAAAAUCAAUCUAAUUCCAUGGGAUCCAUUAAUAACUAUGAAAAUUAUCAGAAUCAUGGUCAUCAUCACGAUCAUGGUUAUCAUCACGAUCAUGGUCAUUAUCAUUACAAUCAUUCAAGAUCAGGACAACCUAUGACCGAAGUAAAUUGUAAUAUUACAAAUCACAUGACACAUUCUCCAAACCCUUACGAUUCACGUGAUAUAAAUCAUCAUUAUCAUUAUCAUUACCAUCAUUAUCUUCCAAAGAUCAACGAUACUCAAUAUCCUGGUAAUAGAAGAAUAUUUGAAUCUGAUGGACAUCAGCAAGGUUCUCCAACUAUACAUAAUACUGAAGAAACUUGGAAUCAUGCAAACCAUUCUCAUACAAAUAUCGAUGACUUUAACAAGCAGCAAACUAAUAAUCAAUCAGGAGAAUCUACUUGGCGUUUUGACUCUUAUGUACCAACUAGACAUAGAUUUAAUAGUACAGUUCAUUUGUAUAGGAUAAACAAUGGUAGAAACAAUCCUGAAUUUGAUAAUAGACAAACAAAUGAAUCUACAAGUUCGAAUAAAAACAUUUAUGUUAAUAACGAUUACGAUUCACAUGAUGAAGUGGAAUCUCGAGAUAGAACAAACAGAAAUUUGAGUGUACAAAUCGGAACAAGUUUUUCAAGACCGAAUCAAAAUAAUAUUACAUGGAGUCGUCCAACUACAUUCGUAAAUCAUUCAGAUAACUCUAAUCAACCAUCGUCUCGGCCAUGGAAUCAAGGAUAUCAGCGCACGAAUGUAGAAGGUUUGUUUUCUAUGGAUGAAGGAUCAAGAAAAUCUAAAGAAAAUGAUGCAAUCGAUGAAGAAGAAAAAUUACGCGAAUGGUACGCGAGAACUAAUAUUCAACGGCAAACCAUAAUUGACAAGGAAGUUGAUUCCAAAAUGAAUAAAUGGUUAAGUAAAACCAAUGUUUUUUUACAAGCAAAAGGACAGGUAUCAACAGGAUAUAAAAAUUCCACACAGAAAAAACCACUCUAUCCAUACGGAAUUUAUGUUAACAGUAAUGGCAUAAAAGGCCAUUUUAUCACAAAAGAGUUGGAAAUUAAUCAAGGACACUCGAAGACUAAAACUUAUAAUCAUAACAAUCAACAUACACCUUUCUCUUUUAAUCAAACUUAUGGCAGCAUUUACACGCGUACGCCUUUACAUAAUCAAGAAACUACUAAGAGUCCUAUCAUUCCAAGUAAUCAUUAUCCUAUACAGUAUACUCCGAAUUCUGUAAAUAUUCCUCAACCAUUCGACGGUAAUUUUACUAAUCGUUUUUUCAAUCAGUCAACAUCGAAGGAUUUAAAAGGCGCGGCAAAUGAUUAUUCUACUGGAAAAGAUUUUCAUUUUCCUGUUUAUAGUACAAUCAAUCGAUCGGUUAUAUUAUCGCAACAUGAUCCACGUCGUACAAUCAAUCGUUCAAUUAAACAGUUCGAUUUCAAUCCAUUAACUUCUGAGAAUGUUGGAACGGAAAAGAUACCGGAUGUUCAUUUAAAGCCUUCCAAGAACAUAAGCGUUCCUGUUCCUCAAGAUAUUUCAGAAAAUGAAAGUAAUACCACCAAUCCUAAUAUUCCUAGCAUAUCGAUCGAAGAUAAUACGGAUGGUCCAGAGUUAACCGAUACAGAAUUGACAAUUGAAAAUAAAACUCCUACAUCGAAUUUCAACGGAAUCGUUCCCGAAGAUGAUUUAGAUUCAUACGAAGUGGAUGUUUUAGAAGAUAAAGGAGAUUGGAAGCCAGUAUUGGUUUUUGAAAAUAAGACUAAACCCGCGAGCAAAAAUGAUUCUUCCGUUAUUAUGAGAAUCAAUAAAAAAAACACGGAUGUGGAUAUCUUUAAUGUAGAAGUAGCACCUUAUCAAAAUGAGGAACCACCAUUCCCUGUGUAUUAUAUCCCACCGGUUCAUUCACUUUUACAUUCGAAAAAGGUUUCACCGCCUACACCGAUUUCAGGCCAGGUUAUACGACUUAGAGAUGGACCUAGUUCCUCAGAUGGCUACGUUGAAGUUCAAGGAGCACAACCAGGUUGGGGUAUUGUUUGCGAUUCUAGAAAUAGUUGGUCGCUCAAAGAAGCCCAUGUAGUUUGUAGACAAUUAGGAUAUUCUAGAGGCGCCGAAAUGGCUUGGCAAGGAAGAAGCAAACGUAAUGGAAUGCCAACUUGGAUUGCAGCGAAUUCCGUAACUUGUUCCGGCAAUGAAAUUAGAUUUCAGUCUUGCAAAUUCACACAUGGAGAAAAGUGUCGUGUAGAAAGAGAUGCAAUAGGUGUCAGAUGUUUGCCAAAUCGAAUAGUACAUUGUCGUAAGGAUGAAAUUCCACACGAUGGACAAUGUUAUCAUUUAGCCGAUUCAGAGACCGGAUUAAAUCAUGCAGAAGCACUUCAGUAUUGUUCCAAAAGGAAUAGUCGGCUUAUUGACAUUAUAAGUCAAGCAGAGAACGACUUCAUAUCAGAAUGGUUGUCGCAAUCGCAUCCAGAAAUCGGAUCGAUUAUGACUUCUGGAGUUGGUUUCACCACUUUCAACAGGACUCUGUGGCUUUGGGAAGAUUCAAGUCGUUCUAAAUUUAAAUUCACGAAAUGGUGGCCAGGAUGGAUGGAAGACAAGAAAUUACCACCUUGGGUGGGUUCACGUCCAGCUUGUAUAAUUAUGAAACGAAAGUUUCCUUGUCACAAUCGUCCAGAAUCAAUUUGCGUCGCGGAUUACUUCUUUUGGGAUGUUGAAGAUUGUGCUACUUCUAUGAAGGGGCAUGCCUAUAUCUGCAAAAGGCCGUACAAUGAAAUUGGUUGCAUUUAUGGUAAAGGCAAUCAAUAUUUUGGAACUGCAAAUAUAACCGAAUCAGGAAAAGAGUGUCUUCCCUGGGCUGAUAAUAGAGUUCUUCAUUAUCUUAAUAUGGCCGUACCUAAUCGUGAUGUCAAAAAGAAAUUGCAACCCCACAAUUAUUGUAGGAAUCCAAAUCCGAAUGUAGAAACCAUGCCAUGGUGUUAUACAGGUUCCUUCGGAGAACGAGAAUAUUGCGAUCUUCCACCUUGCGGAAAAAUUGAAUCCAAGAAAAUGCACUUAAGUGGCCAAUGUAAAUCGAAACAUUUUGAAUGUUUACCUGGGGAAUGCAUUCCGUCACCGUGGGUUUGCGACGGAGAAGAGGAUUGUACAAAUGGUGCAGAUGAGCGAGCAUGCAUAGAUCAUAUGGAUCUUUAUCAGAAAUUUGCAAAGCACAGGCUUGAAGGAUACGAUGUCGAAAAGUGGUUGAACACACCUUUAAAAACAUGCGCUCUAAGAUGUAAGGAAGCUGAUUUCACUUGUCGAUCAUUCGCUCAUAAAGCAAGCGGUAAUAUUUGUUUACUGAGUGAUAGCAAUAUAGGUUUAACGGGAGCUUUAAAGCCGAUGAAGGAUUUUGAUUAUUAUGAAAUGAAAGAAAGAAGUAUUAAAUGUGAUGACAUGUUCAUCUGUGAAAAUCGAAAGUGCAUUAAUCACACGUUAGUGUGUAAUGGAAAAAAUGAUUGCAAUGAUCGUACCGAUGAAAAUAUCUGCACCGUCGAAAAUCUAGAUUAUGCUAUUCGACUUGCCGGUUCGGAUAAUUUAGACGAGGGUAGAAUCGAAGUUAAAAUUUUGGGUGUAUGGGGCCAAGUUUGUGACGAUGGUUUUGGUAUGAUCAAUGCUGAUGUUAUUUGUAAAGAACUCGGUUUUCCAUUGGGUGCUUUGGAAAUUAAACCCGGAGGAUAUUACGGUAAUUUAGAUCCACCAACUCGAUUCAUGGUUGAUCAAUUGAAAUGUCGUGGCAAUGAAACGUCUUUGCGUCAUUGUGAUUUCGAAGGUUGGGGCGUUCAUAAUUGUCAACCAGAAGAGGCUGUAGGUGUAGUUUGCAAAACAGCGGUUGACACAUGUCAGGAAGGCCAUUGGAAAUGCGAAAACAGUCCGGAAUGUAUACCUAUAGCGUUUAUCUGUGACGUAGUUCAAGACUGUUCAGACAAAUCCGAUGAAAGUGACGAACGUUGUAACGCUCCAUUCGAUAUUCGUCUGGUAAAUGGUAGUAGUCCCUUGGAAGGCAGAGUAGAAGUUUAUCAUCAUGGUAUAUGGGGUACAGUUUGUGACGAUGAUUUCUCUGCUGCAACAGCUAGAGUUAUUUGUAGAUCUUUGGGAUAUAAUGGGGUUGCAAAACCAAAAAAAGACGGUUUCUUUGGUCCUGGACAGGGACCUAUUUGGCUUGAUGAAGUUUUUUGUCAUGGAAAUGAGACACAAUUGUAUCGUUGCAAUCAUGAUCAAUGGGGACAAACUAAUUGCGAUCACAACGAAGAUGCGGGUGUAAUCUGUUCAUAUGGAAACGCGAACGAUGACUCCGAGUAUAUCUGGAAUACGGUGACCGAUUUACCCGAAUCAAGAAUCAAUGAUGUUCUACCAGCAAAUUGUGGAAAACGUUCGGAAGAUUUUAACGACGACGAAGAUCUAAUAUUUGCUAAAGUGGUGCACGGUUCUAUUGCACCAAAAGGCACAUAUCCGUGGCAGGCGAGUAUACGAGUUAGGGGACAUAGUAGAUCGAAUCAUUGGUGUGGUGCAGUUGUUUUGUCGCCUCUGCAUGUUCUAACGGCAGCACACUGUUUAGAAGGUUACAACAAAGGAACAUAUUUUGUUCGUGCUGGUGAUUAUAACACUGAAGAAGAGGAGGGGACAGAGAGGGAAGCAAACAUUGAAGAUUAUUACAUUCAUGAAGAUUUUCGUAAAGGUCAUAGAAUGAAUAACGAUAUUGCUCUAAUUUUGCUCAAAGGACAAGGUAUACCUUUAGGCAAAGAUAUCAUGCCGAUUUGCUUGCCACCGGAAAAUACUGAAUAUCCUGCAGGAUUGAAUUGUACUAUCAGCGGAUUUGGCAGUAUUGAAACUGGAAGAACUACACCUUCCAGAAAUCUUAGGUACGGGUGGAUACCUUUAUUAGAUCAAUCGGUAUGUCGUGCUGAGCACGUUUAUGGUGCUGGAAAGAUUAGCGAUGGAAUGGUGUGCGCUGGACAUUUGAAUGAAGGGGUGGAUACUUGCGAUGGUGAUUCUGGUGGUCCAUUGGCGUGUUAUCAUAAUGGUGCAUUUACUUUGUAUGGGAUUACAAGUUGGGGUCAACAUUGUGGAAAAGCCAACAAACCUGGUGUUUACGUUCGAGUUGCACAUUAUCGACGUUGGAUCGAUCAAAAGAUAAUACAGUCACUGUCGGGAAGAUAAACUUAUACAAAAUAAAUUUAUUUCAAUAAACGAGAUCUAAUUUUAA